AUGACUUUAAGCGACCACGAUGACGGCAGUCAAUCCACCCAAGUCGAGCAUGUUGUCAGCAAUCACGGCGAUGGUAGCCAAUCCGUCCAAGGAAAGCAGGCUGACAACAACCACGAUGAUGGUAGCCAAUCUAUCGAGGGAGAGCAAGCAGAUAGCAAUCACGGCAAUACCGGCGACAAUGUUCAGAUGAUUGUCGACCUCGAGUUUUCCCAGCUGAAGUCGCCCCAGGAAAUUAAAGCUCUUUUACAGGCUCUUAUCGAAUACGCUGCGGUCAUCCACGACGUCAAGAUUCUCAUCAAGGCCCCCAAAGAGCAUCGCAGUGUCACGGCGCGCGAACGUAGAAUUGCUACCGUCUCCAUGGUCAUUUCCAUUUUGAACACCUUCCAUCUCGCAAAAGUGGAGGUCAUCGCCUGUCUCGACGACUACGAUAGUUUUGAGCAACUCCAUCCUACUAUCGCCGCAUAUCGGUUGCGACUUCGCAAUUGGACUUUGGCGUACGAGAUUUUAGGUCUCGAUGGCACGUGGGAAAUCCCUGUAGACAGCAAGGAUGAAUUGAGACUUCGUCGUCAUUACAAAAAACAUUUUUUCAAGAAAAGUUAA